ACAGUUGUUAUCCUAGCAGUAGUAUGCAAUGAGCUACUGACAAUGAAAAGUUCAGUCAAGGGCAGGGAUUUCCCCCAGCUGUCAGCCAACUCCACACCAACAGAGGGAGCUAAAGUGCUUUGAUAAGUCACAUAGCUCUCCUUUUAAGCUUCCUGGUUCUGCAAAGUCUUCUGGGAUUUUUUUCUGCAAACAAGCCCACAGGCCUUCAAGUUAUUCAAUGGCAAGCGGACAGCUGUCGAGAGCCGAGGCGUUGGCAAGUCCAGGCUGCAGGCAUGCAUGUCACGUGAUGCUCUUCUCUGACACGAAAAUUCAGCUGUUUGGGAGAAUUCCCAUCAGACACAUAAUACUAAUGCAGAUGCGCUUUGACGGUCUAUUGGGUUUCCCUGGCGGAUUUGUUAAUCCAUUGAAGGAGACGCUGGAGACUGGCCUGAGCAGAGAGUUAUCAGAGGAGCUAGGUGUGGCUCUUCAGAUAUCAGUAGAAGAUCAUGUAGAUUCUUGCCAUGCCCCUGCUUCGUCCCCUUCCUCCUCCUCCUCGUCUCGUUUUAUCACUCACUUCUAUGUGAAAAAGAUUGAGGAAGAGCAGAUACGAGAGGUGGAGAGAGCGGCUGCAACCACUGCAACAGAUCAUGGCCAUGAGGUGCUGGGAAUGGUCAGAGUCCCACUCUACACCACAAAAGGCGGGGGAGGUCUCUCUUCUUUCCUGUCGCACUCAUUCAUUGGCAACGCACGCUCCCAGCUGGUCAACACUCUGCUGCGGUUCAACCUGGUUGCCCCCGAGGAGCUACACAAAGCCCUCACACACUCUAUGAAGAUACACACACACACCGGAGAGGACCUGCGAGCUGUCACCACACUGAUAAAGCCGAAGACGAAACUGUUUUGAAACACACCUGGACGUGCAUGAGCACAUCCUCCUAAGUGUGCACAUAAAUUCAGCAGCACAGUUCUUCACUCAUGCACACUGUCACGCCGACUCUGAGCUGGUGACUCAUAAUUGUAUAUCUUACACCAAACAGUUCAGGGGGAAACAUUAUCAACUGCUUUGCCAUUAAUGGAAAUAAAAUCUCUCACACUGU